AUGGUUGCACCAGUAAAUGAACAUGUACCAGUGAAUCAACAUUAUAUGUCAGUACAAACAAAUCCAAAGAAAUUAUGCACGAUCUUCCACUACUACGCGACCAACGACGACACGAACAACGCCCAAGCACCAAGGCUGUUGCAGCAUUACUCGAAGGAACCAUCCUUAUUCGAAGCGAAGUCCGAAUCGAAGAUGCUAUUAACCAGCCUCAGAAGCAUUUCCUCGUCUCCAGUCAUACCUCGACCAUCCUCAUCCACCGAAAUCGAGGAACCAUUGGCCGUUCUGUUACCGGAGGCCAUGCACUCAUCUACGUUCCUCAAAACCGGCGAUGUUCUGCCCGUGGUGGACAUCACGUGGACCUACAGCUCGUACCACCACAAAGCUUUCGAGACCUGUCUACGGAAUUAUUACGGGGUUAGGUAUCCGCCCGGAGAGGUGGUACUGAACUCGAUGCAGUUGCAUCUACUAGACUCGCGGACCACCGUCGAGCCGUACAGAUCGGCCGUCGGUCUCUUUGACUUCGUCAAAGAGAGCGAGCCGACGCUGAUCGGUGGGGUCCCGAGAAAGCUGGAAAUUGAGUACCUUAAUCCGUUGGAUCACUUUGUGGCGAGGCAGCUGCCCCUCUGCAGACCAUCGACCGAGGAACGGUUCACCGAAACUACAAACGUACAGCAUCGACCGUCGGAAGUGGAUCACGCUGCAGCGCCAUCUGACAACACGGCCCGUGACCCUAUCAGAAACGUAAUCACUGGCCGGGAUAAGAAUGCCGGGAUCAAUCGGAGAUUCGCCAGAAAGAUCGAGCCGUUCUGCAAAUGCAAUUUGUCUUCAGCUAGGCGUGUUUAG